AGUGGUAUUUAGGGAAAUCCUAAUUCGUUCUUUGGAUUCAGCAACAAAACGCUCACUUCGCUUCACUUGAUCGAGUCAACUUUCUUUCAAUUCCCCUCCUCUACAAUGGCUUCCCCUAAACCGAUUGCAGUUCUAUCGAUUCUUUUAUUGUUUCUCAUUUCCUUCCAAACGCCGUCGUGUGCUGAGAGCACGAAUGGAGCUGCCGCCGCGGAUGAGGAAGAGGAUCUCAGCUUCCUGGAAAAAGACGACGACUCAUUUUCUUCACACUCCGAUCCGUACGGCCACGAGCAUGACUACGAGAAUUACGACGACCUCGCGGAAGAUCCCGAGGCCUUAGAUCACGGCUACGACGACUCCUUCCAGCCGCCGACAGUGGACGAAAAGGACGUUGUGGUGCUGAAGGAGGGAAAUUUCAGCGAUUUCAUCGCUAAGAAUAAGCACGUGAUGGUGGAGUUCUACGCGCCGUGGUGCGGACACUGCGAGUCCUUAAAGCCGGAGUACGCGGCAGCCGCCACUGAGCUCAAUGGUCACGGGGUGGCGCUUGCGAAAGUGGAUGCUACUGAGGAGACCGAGCUAGCGCAGAAGUACGAAGUACAGGGAUUCCCCACAGUAUACCUAUUCGUUGAUGGUGUUUACAAGACCUACAAUGGCCAACGGACCAAGGAUGCUAUUGUUGCAUGGAUAAAGAAGAAGACUGGGUCAGCUCUAUUCAACAUAACAACAACAGAGGAUGCAGAGCUCAUAUUGGAAAGUGAGCCGAAAGUUGUUUUGGGAUUUUUGGACAAUUUAGUGGGCCCACACAAUGAAGAGCUUGCUGCUGCUGCAAAACUCGAAGAUGAUGUCAGCUUCUAUCAAACUUCUAAUCCUGAUGUAGCUAAGCUGUUACACCUUGAUACUGAAACCAAGCGUCCAGCUCUUGUCUUGAUUAAAAAAGAAACUGAAAAAAUCAACCGUUUUGAUGGUGAGUUCACAAAAGCAGCAAUAUCUGAAUUUGUUAAUGAGAACAAGCUUCCUCUUGUCAACUACUUCACUAGGGAAAGUGCAUCACAGAUAUUUGAAAAUCCAAUCAAGAAACAGUUAAUUCUUUUUGCCAGUUCAAACGAUUCAGACAUUCUUCCCGCAUUCCAAGAAGCUGCGAAGUCUUUCAAAGGAAAGCUUGUCUGUGUUUUUGUGGAAAUGGACAACGAAGAUUUUGGAAAACCAGUCUCAGAAUACUUUGGCAUUACAGGAGAUACUCCACAGGUCAUUGCAUAUACGGGAAAUGAUGAUGGGAGGAAGUUCUUGUUGGAAGGUGAAUUGACCUCAAUCAAUAUCAAGUCCUUUGGGGAGAAGUUUUUGGAAGAUAAUCUAAAGCCCUUUUACAAGUCUGAACCUAUUCCAGAAAAGAAUGAUGGUGAUGUCAAAAUAGUGGUGGGCAACAACUUUGAUGAAAUCGUUCUUGACGAAUCUAAAGAUGUUCUUCUUGAGAUAUAUGCUCCUUGGUGUGGGCACUGUCAAUCACUAGAACCUAUAUACAACAAGCUCGCCAAGCAUUUGAAGGGAAUUGACUCGCUUGUUAUUGCCAAGAUAGAUGGGACAAUGAAUGAGCACCCUCGAGCCAAGUCUGAUGGAUUCCCGACACUGCUUUUCUUCCCAGCUGGGAACAAGAGCUUUGAGCCUCUUACAGUGGAUACUGAUCGUACAGUGGUUGCCUUCUACAAAUUCUUGAAGAAGCAUGCAUCCAUUCCUUUCAAGAUUCAAAGGCCCGUUAUUUCUCAUAAAUCUGAGAGUGAGAUGUCAUCACUCGAUAAGACUACUACCACCAGUGAUGUAAAGGAUGAACUAUGAGAUAUUUAUCUUGGAGGCUCGAACAUAGACCCAUUGUCUCUGCCAACCUUAACAGAGAGAGGCUACAAGAAGAGUGGAAGUCGAGAAAACAACACCCUCUUAUGACAGAGGCUUAUACAGCCCCCCCCCCAAUAAAUGCAUUUUUGUUGUGUUUAAAUUAUAUACGAGUAUUUAAAAUAUUGAUUACCGGCAAACCACCUGUCAGAAUCUAGUUAGAAGCAAGUGUUAUGAAACCUCAUGUUGCCUAUACUAAUGGGCCUAUCCUAAUUCACCCAUCCUUUUAUCCCUAAUUCUAAUUAUCCCUGGAAAUAGAUAGCUCCAAUGUAAAUAUGCAUUAAAACUUUUAGGGAAAAGGUGCAAAUAGGUCCAUAUACUAACCAAAAAAGGUCAAAUAAGUCCUUAUUUAGGAGGCUCUGUCCGGCCGUCGCCAUUUGGGAUAAAUCCCGUUGGAUUUUUUUGAUGAAAUUUUUUGAGCAUCUUAUUCAUCAAGUCUAGUUUAGUCAUACCAAAUUUCAGCUAAAACUUAAAUCGCGAAGGCAUUCAAAUGAAUUCUUGAAAAUAACUGCGCAGUUAGAAGCACAAUUAUCUUCAAGAAUUCAUUUGAAUGUCUUCCCGAUUGAAGUUUUAGCUGAAAUUUGGUAUGACUAAACUAGACUUGAUGAAUAAGAUGCUCAAAAAAAUUCAUCAAAAAAUUCCACCGGGAACCACCUCAAAUGACGACGGCCGGACAGAGUCUCCUAAAUAAGGACUUAUUUAACUUUUUUUGGUUAGUACAUGGGCCUAUUUGCACCUUUUCCCAAACUUUUAAAAUAUUGUUUACUAUCUUCAUUAUUUUAGAACUUUGGAUACUUGCACUUUUAAUUUCAAAAUUGUAAUUGUGUGGCUUAUUUCUCAUUUUAAAUUAAUGACUUAUUGAUUAUAUUUA